AUGGGCGGGAACCACUCUCAUAAGCCCCCGGUGUUUGACGAGAAUGAGGAAGUCAACUUUGACCAUUUUCAGAUCCUACGGGCCAUUGGUAAAGGGAGUUUUGGGAAGGUCUGCAUCGUGCAGAAGCGAGACACUAAGAAAAUGUACGCGAUGAAGUACAUGAACAAGCAGAAGUGUAUCGAGAGGGACGAAGUCCGGAACGUCUUCCGGGAGCUCCAGAUCAUGCAGGGGCUGGAGCAUCCUUUUUUGGUCAAUCUGUGGUACUCCUUCCAGGACGAGGAGGACAUGUUCAUGGUCGUGGACCUACUGCUGGGAGGGGAUCUACGUUACCACCUGCAACAGAAUGUACAUUUCACAGAGGGGGCCGUGAAGCUCUACAUCUGCGAGCUGGCCCUGGCCCUGGAGUAUCUGCAGAGGUAUCACAUCAUCCACAGAGACAUCAAGCCAGACAACAUACUGCUGGAUGAACACGGACAUGUUCACAUCACAGACUUCAACAUAGCGACGGUCGUGAAAGGCACAGAAAAGGCUUCCUCCAUGGCCGGGACCAAACCCUACAUGGCCCCGGAAGUGUUCCAGGUGUAUGUGGACGGAGGCCCUGGGUACUCCUACCCCGUUGACUGGUGGUCCCUGGGUGUCACGGCCUAUGAGCUGCUGCGGGGCUGGAGGCCAUAUGAAAUCCACUCGGCCACCCCCGUCGAUGAGAUCCUCAACAUCUUCAAGGUGGAGCGUGUCCACUACUCCUCCACAUGGUGCAAGGGCAUGGUCGCCCUGCUGAAGAAGCUCCUGACCAAGGACCCCAAGAGCCGCCUGUCCAGCCUCGGUGACGUCCAGAGUGCACCCUACUUGGCCGACAUGAACUGGGACGCGGUGUGGGAGAAGGCCCUGAUGCCCGGCUUCGUACCCAAUAAAGGGAGACUGAACUGUGAUCCCACAUUUGAACUUGAAGAAAUGAUUCUUGAAUCCAAACCACUUCACAAAAAGAAGAAGAGGUUGGCAAAGAACAGGUCCAAAGAUGGCACGAAGGACAGCUGUCCUCUGAAUGGACACCUCCAGCAGUGCCUGGAGACAGUGCGGAAAGAAUUCAUCAUAUUCAACAGAGAGAAGCUGAGGAAGCAGCAAGGGCAGAGCGGCCAGCUCUUGGACACAGAAGGCCGAGCCGGGAGCCAGGCCCAGAGCAAGCUCCAGGACGGGUGUAACAACAACAUCCUGGCUCACGCCUGCUCCCGCAGUUGCAGCAGCUAAGCCACCACCUGUGGCUUCCAGCGGGACUGCACACACCUCUGCCCUGCCCACCAAAAGCCCCUCUCUGUGCCACGAUGGUCCCUGCCUCACCUCUAAUAACAUCAGAAGCAGAGAAGGAACCCUGG